AUGGCUAGUCCGCCAGUUCUAGCUUUCGAUGCCGAGGGCCGUCCAGUGAAGUUCGAAACCUGGCUCGAUGACCUGCACCUGUUCCUACAGCUCACAGCCAAGGAAGAUAUCUCACUGUACGACCACGCCCUAGGCCAUGCCACUGCCCCUGACUCGACUGCUGACAGCACUCUGCGUUCCCAGUGGCAGACCCGUGAUGCGCACACUCGCUUUGCUAUUCGCAACUCCCUGCCGCUAGACGAGCGCGAGCACUUCGGGCAGUGCAAGACUGCUAAGGACCUCUACACCGCUGUAGUUGCCCGCUACUCCUCACCCGCUUCUGCCACGUUAGGCCGCCUCACUCUCCCCUACCUGUUCCCCAACCUAGCCUCCUUUCACACUGUCGCAGACCUCAUCACCCACCUUAAGACUAGUGAGGCCCGCUUUCGCGCUGCUAUGCCUGCCGAGGACCACUUCCUCUCUCGCUCCCCCACUGAGCUCACUGUUGCCCUCCUCGAGAAGGAACUGCUUGCAGCCGAGGCGAGCAUAGUCGCUGUAGGCACCUCUCGUGGCGACCCCCGCACCCCGUUCUUUGAGGGGUGUUCCCCUUCCCCUCUCCUCCCCUCUGUCGCCUCUGCUGCUGCUGUCGACCUUCUUGGUGCUGAGAAGGUCGGGACCGCGUCUGCUUCGAGCGGGCGCCGCAGGAACAAGGGCGGCCGGGGUGGGGGUGGCGGCGGAGGAGGCGGGGGUGGAGGCGGUGGGAGUGGAGGCGCGGCUGGGGAGACUAGUGGCGGCAGUGGGGGAGGAGACAGCAGCGGUGGGAGUGGUGGUGGAGGCGGCAGCGGAGGCGGAGGUGGUCGUGGCGGCGGCAGGGGUGGAGGUGGCCGGGGCGGCGGCGGUGGGGGUGGUGGUCGUGGAGGCGCUGGCGGAGGGCAGAGUCAGCAGCCCGCCCCGACGCUUCAGGCCGCCCGUGAGUGGUAUGCGCAGCGUAGCGUUACCUGCACGUACGUCAUUCGCACAGGUGACCGCAGCGGCCAGCAGUGUGGGAGGCCGCACCCCACGCAGCGCUGCUUCGCGCGCCUUAACGACGCGUGGCGCACUCAGUUUCCUGCUGCCACUGAGCUGCCGCGCUGGGCUGAUCUGGAAAAGAGGGGUGUUGAUAUUUGGGCUUUAGACUUUGAUGCUAUUCUCACUGCCAUGUAUGCGAUGUCUAUUAGUGGAGAGGGUGCUCAGUACUUGCGUGUUCCGCCCGACCCGGGCAUUCAGGCCAGUCCGGCUGCCGCUCUAGGUGCUAGUGCGUCUGCUCCCACAGGUCCUGGUGAGGCCGCUGCUCUAGGUGCUCGUGCGUCCGUGCCCCCUGGUACUGAGUCGACUGCAGCACUGCACACCUUCACACUGGACUCAGGUGCUUCUCGCUCCUUCUUUCGUGACCGCACUGUCCUUGAGCCACUCGCUCGGCCAGUUGCUGUCUCCCUUGCUGACCCCUCUGGGGGUCCGGUCAUUGCGACCUCCUCCACUGUCCUUCCUUGUCCGGCGGUCCCGUCCGGCACGCUGUCAGGUCUCUACCUCCCCUCGUUCUCUACGAACUUGGUGGCAGGUAGUGCGCUCCAGGACGGGGGUGUUCACCAGUUCACCCCUGCCUACGAGCGCGUGACACAUUGCACGUAG